AUGGCCAAGGAGGGCAAGAAGAGCGCUGCGCCCGCGGCGGCGCGCGGCGCGUCCAAGCAGGACAAGAAGCAUGUGGCCGGCAAGCAGACGCCCGUGGCCAACUCUACGCACAAGAACCAGUCGAAGAACCAGCUCGUGACGCUGCUGGGCGAGGGCGUGGCCUGGUACGACGCCGAGCCCAAGAUCAAGCCGCGCCUCAGGAACAAGAGCGAGGCCGAGCCGCUCAAGGCCACGGACGAGCUGGUGCUGACGCUCAAGAAGCAGGCGCAGCAGCUGCUGGAGGCCGAGGUGGCCCGCUUCGACGCGCACAAGAGCGGCAAGAUGUCGAGCGACGACAAGUACCUGGCCACCAUGAUGAAGUCCGGUACACUGUCCGAUAGGGUGGCCGCUCUCACGCUCACGUCGCAGGGCUCGCCGCUGCACUCGUUGCUGCGGAUCGGCCAGCUCAUCACCAUGGCCAGCAAGAAGGCGCGGCGCGAGAGCCUCAUGGCCGUGGACUCGCUCAAGGACCUGUUCCUCAACAACCUGCUGCCGGACGAGGCCAAGCUGCGCUUCUUCCACCAGCACCCGAUGCAGGCGGCCAAGGACUCGCCCGCGCACCUGGUGCUCUGGUUCUUUGAGCACUGCCUCAAGACGGCCUACGCGCAGCUCACGAGCGUGCUGGCGUCCGGCAUGGACGACGCCGUGGACAGCCACAAGCGCGCGUGCCUGCGUGCGGCUAACGCGCUGCUGCGCGCCAAGCCCGAGCAGGAGGCCGUGCUGCUGGCCAUGCUCGUCAACAAGCUCGGUGACCCGGACCGCAAGAUCGCCGCCUACCUGCACCGCAUACUGCAGGAGCUGCUGCGCGAGCACCCGGCCAUGAAGCGCGUCGUGGUGGACGAGGUUGAGCGCCUGCUCACGCGUCCCAAGGUGUCGGACCGUGCCAAGUACAACGCUGUGCUCUUCCUGAACCAGAUCUACCUCGAGGGCGACGUCGACGCCGACUUGGCUGGCCACUUGAUCUCAGUGUACUUCGGCCUAUUCUCGAAGGAGGUGCACCGUCAUGACGAGCAGAAGGAGAAGAUCAAGAAGGACCCAAAGGAGGCCAAGAACAGCAAGAAGGCCAAGAAGGGCAAGAAGAAGACGGCGGCUCCGGCCUCGGAGGAAGCCAUGGACCGUAAGCUGCUUAGUGCGCUGCUGGUCGGCGUGAACCGCGCGUUCCCGUACGCGAACGCAACGUCGGCCAACUUCACUCAGGAGAUCGACUCGCUGUUCCAGGUCGUGCACCGCGCCCACCACAGCACCAGCGUGCAGGCGCUUAUGCUGCUGUUCCAGGUUAUGAGCAGCACCAACUCGGUCUCUGACCGGUUCUACACUGCGCUCUACGGCAAGCUCAUCGACCCCAAGGUGCGCGAGACGUCCAAGCACACGCUGUUCCUGAACCUGAUCUUCCGCGCCAUGAAGGCCGACGUAUCGCCUGCACGCGCUGGCGCCUUCACCAAGCGUCUGCUGCAGCUGGCCAGUGUGAUGCCCCCGGCUUUCGCUUGUGCCGUGCUAUUCCUGCUGUCCGAGCUGCUUAAGGUGAAGCCCCAGCUGCGCACGCUGCUCGACCAGCCUGAAGCUGGAUCGGCCAGUGGCAAUGCUGCCGACGACGAGCACUUUGAGGAUGCCAAGACGGACGAGGAAGCCCCUGCGUUCGAGCUGGAGAAGGAGGAGUCUGACGAUGAAGAUGAUGACACCACGGAGGACGCCGGCUCCAGCAAGUUGAACGAUGGUCUGACGGACGCAGAGCGCUCGGCUAAGGUCCUGGCGCAGAUGUUUGGCAAGCCUGAGAAGGAGUCCAAGAAGUCCAAGGAGGCUGCUGUGGUGAGCUUCGACGACGAGCCGGCUGCUAAGACCACGUCUAACAAGAAGGCAGGCGCGGACAAGGAAGAGGGAGGCUACGAUGCCAGCAAGCGUAACCCGCUGUUCGCUGGCGCCGAGACGUCGUGCGCCUGGGAGAUUCAGAUGCUUGCGCACCACUACCACCCGUCCGUGCAGAGCUUCACCCGUCAGCUUCUUGACAACAAGGACACGGGCAUCCAGUACGCUGGUGAUCCGCUUGUGGACUUUACGAUGCACGCUUUCUUCGAGAAAUUCGUUAACAAGAAGCCGCGCCACAAGGUGGCGGAGGGUAGCGGCAACAACGGCGCCAAGGCGAAGAACUGGACGUUCGCUCCCAUUAACUCGGAGGCCGUGCUGCAGGAGAAUGAGGCCAACGUGGACGCAAGCGACCAGUUCUUCUACAAGUUCUUCAAGGAGCGUGCGUCGCGGGACGCUGAUAACCCUCGGCGUAAGAAGAAGAGCAAGAACGACCGCGACGCCGACGCCUUCUCGGACAUGGAAGAUGGCGACGAGGACGACGAAGAGAUCGACGCGUACGCUCAGGAGCUGGCUGAAGGCAUCAUGGAAGACGGCAACCACGACGAUGAAGACCCGGACAUGGCUGACUGGAGCGACUCCGAUGGCGAGGAGGAGCCGACGCUGGAGGGCGAGGACGAAGAGAUGGAGGAAGCCGCGACGUUCGAUGCCGAUGAGGACGACGACGAGGAAGGAGAAGAUGCUGCUGACCAUGAGCAACAGGAGGAGGGCGAUGACGAAGACGACGACGUCGAGGAAGAUGACGAAGAGGAUGACGAGGAUGCCUUCGACUUCUCCGUCAUGGGCGGCAUGGACGACGACGACGAAGUCCUCCAGGAGGAGUUGCAGGCACUCGAGGCCAAGAGGAAGAAACAGACACCGCCUAAGGCUGGUGACAAGCGCAAGUCGAUGUUCGCAAGCGCCGACGACUACGAUCAGAUUGUGAAGGAGGCGAUGGCCAAGCAGGCCAAGGGCGGCAAGCAAGCAGGCGGCAAGAAGUCAAAGAAGCCGAGGCGGUCGUAAUCUCCCCGAGUCGUAGAGUGAAGGAUAGGAAGCUGCAUCAACAAACAAAUUAGAGACGUGUUUCAUUUC